AACUCUUGCCUUGCAAAAAGGACAAUGAGUUUUUUUUUUUCCUUCUUGGUUGAAAGGAUUCUCCUUUUUGCCAAUCCAAUUGGCUGUGAACAGGCAAAUCAUCUUUGGCUCAUUCUCUUCUCAGUUAAGGUUUCUUCGCCGGCAGGUUAAAAAACCUUAAUAUAUCUUCAGUGUUAAAAGUAGUUAAAACUGGUGAAGAACAAUGGUGGGUUUGGUCACUAAAAGUCUAAAACCCACUUGUUCCAACUAGUAGUGUGUGUGUGUGUGUGUGUGUGAAGAACACUCUUGUUAUCUGAUUUUCUGAUUUUCUGAUUUUGUAGCUCUCUCUGUUGUUGUGUGUGUGUCUCAAACAACUGUAAGAACUUUUAAGUUAUGUGGUGUGACAUAUACAAGACGUGUGUUUUUGUAUAUUUGGUCCAGUCUAUGUUAUGUUAUUAUUUGCUUUGCUUAUUAUUAUUUCAAUAUCCAUCGCCCAUAUCCAGCAAAGAUAGAGAGUAAACAAACUCUGUUUCAAAUUUAAUUAGGUUUUACUAAGGAAACUACGAGAUUUUUAAGUUUUCUCAUAAUCCCAAUUGUCUAGGGUUUGCCGCGGUAUAAUCAAUAAGACAAUGGAUCUCAAAGAAAACGUAGCCGAGACGACGACACAAGGAGACUCGAGCAAAUUGAUGGAGGCAACGACAGAACCUAUGGCACAAUCUUCGCCUGUUGCUUCUGCUUUCCUGACAAAACGUAAGGACGAGUCUGACCAGGUUGGGAAGAGCGGCGAUGAUGAAUACGUAGACUCUGACGACGCGAAUCAAGAGAGCGGCGAUGAUGAAUACGUAGACUCUGACGAUGGGGAUGAAGAGAGCGGCGAUGAGGCUGAAGAGAGUGGUGAUGGGGAUGAAGAGAGCGGCGAUGAGGCUGAUUACGUUAACCCUGAUGAUGAGCUCUUACAUCCGACAUGGUGGAAAGUCCCUGAAUGGGAUGUGGACAGCUUCGAUGGUCUCGAGUACGAUUCCUCUGAAUAUAAAGAUGAGUUCCCCGAUGAAGAAGAUGAAAAAGAAUGGCGCCGCUUUAAGCGUCAGCUCAUCGAGAAUAAGGGGUUUUAUGUGGAGACUGAGCUUUGGUCAAUGUACAAUUACUCUGAUUACAAAGUCGUCCCUAAUUUGGAUUUGGAUGCGGGUUUCGACCAAACCUACGGCGAGUACUUUGUAGAGAUGGCUUGUCUCUGUCUCCAAAGAUACAACAAAGACAAGGUUUAUUAGUUAUAACAUUUUGUUCUCUUGUCUAUACGUACAUACAGGCUACUGUUGGAAUAUUGAGAGGAAGAAGGAAAGAAAC